AUGAUGGCUUCGCCUCACAGCAAUGGGUACGCAUACAAGGGCAAAUCGGCGGGAUCCUUGCCCUUCCAACAAGAUGAAGGCGGUUUCCGCGCCCGCCUCAGACCUGUUAUCCACGCUGCAACACAACUACUGCGAACCAUCUUGGCUUAUUGGCAGACUCGCGGACGACGUUUGACGACCAACAUGUUAUGGAAGGCCGGCUGGCAACUGCGCCAAAACUUCACCGCGCGCCGUCUUUUCAGCUUUCCACAUCUCUUGGUGCUAAUGUGGAUGCUCAUACUGCUCUGGGGUGAGCGUUGGGUUUUCAGCAGUAGGGUUGCCGACUGUAGAUGGAGCAAUUGGGAGGAUUGGCCUUCCGGAACGAACCCUCACCGUCUUGUUCUCGUCGCUGACCCUCAGAUCAUUGACCCUCAUUCCUACCCUGGCAGACCGUGGCCUCUGUCGGACCUUACCAUACUUAUAACGGAUAACUAUCUCCGGAGAGGCUUCACCCAACUCCAAUCUCAAUUACGGCCCGACUCCCUGUUCUUCUUGGGCGACCUUUUCGACGGCGGACGGGAGUGGAAAACUGGAAAGAGCGACUGGAAAGACCCCGAUUGGGCAUCCGCACGUCGGCCCAAGAACGAGCGCCCAUAUGUGCAAAAGUGGAAUGAAUAUUAUGGCGAAAAGUUCUGGUUGGAUGAGUACGAACGAUUUGGCGACAUCUUCUUCAAUGACUGGGCAAAGCUUGGCGGAACGAAGGCUGGCAACUGGCAGAGGGGCCGGAAGCUGGUCGCAAGCUUGCCGGGCAAUCAUGAUCUGGGCUUCGGAGACCAGGUCAAAGUGUCGGUUAGGGAGCGCUUCGCUUCCUUCUUCGGAGACGUGAAUCGCGUAGAUGUGAUUGGAAACCACUCCAUCGUCUCUGUUGACAGCCUGUCGUUGAGCGCAAGCUCGUCGAAGCAGGCUGGUCAAACCGAUUUAAGGCCCAUACACACGCCGACAGACAUCUUCCUUAAAGAUGUCAAAUUCACCAAGAGAAAGGCUGUGGAAAAAGAACUGCGCUUUUGGAGGGGUGACGUGGAAGGAUUAGCUUACAAUCACUUGGUCGAGGAGCUGGACACUGCAAACAUGGACAAUGUGCCGACCAUUGCGCCGGGCGAAGAGGGUCCUGACUUUCCUACCAUCCUUCUCACCCACGUGCCGUUGUAUAGAGAUCCUGGAACUCCCUGCGGCCCGUAUCGGGAGCACUGGCCCCCGGCCAAACCGCCAAAGGGACAAAAGGGACCUGUCAUACCAGACCAUCGGAAUGCAAUCUCGGUUUCUGGCGGUUACCAGUAUCAGAACGUUCUGAGCGAGGAGGACUCUGUCAAGCUUGUCAAGGAUAUCGGCAACAUCGUACACGUCUUUUCUGGCGACGACCACGACUACUGCGAGCUUGUACACUCUCCUCAAAAGGAAAAUGUGCGAGAAAUUACGGUGAAGAGUAUAAGCAUGGCGAUGGGAGUCCCCACCCCUGGCUUCCUCAUGGUCAGCUUGUACAACCCCGUUGACGCCAACGGAAAGCCUCUUCCUGGUGCACCCGAGAAGACUUUACAGACCCACCUGUGUCUGUUGCCAAAUCAGCUCGCGACCUAUGCGAAGUACGUCGGCUUUAUCUUCGUAAGCCUUGUCGCAAUCAGCAUCAGAUCAUUCCUUGUCCCAGUUCUUAAUCUCACCCCGUUCGGUCUGGAGGCAGAGGUGUCGAACAGCAGCAUCCUCCCUACAUUUAAAGAGAAGGUAGAAGACGAAGGCAAUUAUAACAUGCGGUCGACCUCGGCGUCAUCUGGAUCUCGAUAUCUCACCAACUCGUCGUCACGGACUAGAAGUGGGUCACUCCACGCGAAUAGCUCCCUCCCGCCUUUGCCACCCCCAAAGACCAAGCAUAAAAAGCAGGGCUGGGGACACCGUGCUCCAAAGAUCGAAAUCUUCAAAGACGAUUUCUAUGGGACGGGAAAGCCUCGUUUGACCUGGAAGGCGGCCUCUCAGCGGUCCAGGACAACAAUCAGUCGGGUGCUCCGAGAGAUAGGCGUGUCGACGUGGAGGGUUACGUGGAUGGUCGUCUUGUUUUGGGCAUAUCUUGCAUAUAAGGGAUAG